AUGGCCGGUGUCAAAGAGACAGUUAAGCAGUCCCUGGUGGGCAGCUCAGAGGAGCCUAAGCUGUCGCAGCAGAUCAAAACCAACUUCUUCCACCACGCUCGCAAAGAUGAGUCGACCGGCGAAUUCUACUUGAACGAGGACGACUUUAUCAAUGCUGUUGCUCCCAAGCAUGAAGACUAUCACAAAAUCAAACGCGAGCAAUAUGGCAUCCUCUUCAGAGUCGCCGACACCCGGCGAACAGGCCAGGUCAACCUCGCCGACUGGGCGACAUUCGAGAAUCUCCUCGCAAAGCCCGACGCCGAGUACGAGAUCGCUUUCCGUCUGUUUGAUAUCGAACGAACAGGCUCCGUCAAGUGGGAAACCUUCCAGAACCUUUACAACUUGAACAAGAGCAGUGACGCUAUCCCCUUCGACUGGAAUUCGGAAUGGGCUUCUUUGUACACGGGACGGACCAAGAGCCGACACGACAUGACUUACCCCCAGUUUGCUCAGAUGCUGCGCGGCUUGCAGGGUGAGCGUAUCAGACAAGCUUUCCACUCUUUUGACAAGGAUGGCGACGGCUACAUCGAGCCCCAGGAGUUCCAGCGCAUCAUUCUCGAGACCUCCCGACACAAGCUGUCCGACUACCUCCUGGAAAACCUGCCUAGUCUUUGCAACAUCUCCGCAGGUACCAAGAUCUCCUACGCCACUGUCCGUGCUUUCCAGAACGUCAUGCGCGAGAUGGACAUCAUCGAUGUCGUUGUACGCGAAGCCACCCAGAAGAGCGAUGACGGCAAGAUCACUCGGACCGAUUUCCUAAACGAGGCCGCCCGUACCACGCGCUUCUCUCUCUUCACUCCUAUGGAAGCCGACAUUCUGUUCCAUUUCGCCGGAUUGGAUGCACCUUCUGGACGACUCUCACAGAAAGAUUUCGCCAAGGUCAUUGAUGCCUCUUGGCGCACACCAUACGCAGUUGCUAGCCAUGCUAUUACGUCCGCAUCAGGUGCUGCAGACAAGGCGGCUGAAGCCGGAAAAUCGCUGCUGCACGGUGUCCUGGAGUCUGUCCACCACUUUGCGCUUGGCAGUCUUGCUGGUGCUUUUGGUGCCUUCAUGGUUUACCCAAUUGAUCUUGUCAAGACGCGCAUGCAAAACCAGCGUUCUUCCCGCCCUGGCGAGAGAUUGUACAACAACUCUAUUGACUGCGCGAAGAAGGUUAUCCGAAAUGAAGGAUUUCUGGGCCUGUACUCCGGUGUCAUCCCUCAACUGAUCGGUGUCGCUCCGGAGAAGGCUAUCAAGCUUACCGUCAAUGACCUCGUCCGUGGAUACUUCACCAAAGAAAAUGGCAAGAUCUGGUAUGGACAUGAGGUUAUCGCUGGUGGUACUGCAGGUGCUUGCCAAGUUGUUUUCACCAACCCCUUGGAAAUCGUCAAGAUUCGUCUGCAGGUUCAGGGUGAGAUCGCCAAGACUGUCGAGGGUGCCCCUCGUCGCUCGGCUCUCUGGAUUAUCAAGAACUUGGGAUUGAUGGGACUAUACAAGGGUGCCAGCGCGUGCCUUCUGCGUGAUGUCCCCUUCUCCGCCAUUUACUUCCCCACCUACUCGCACUUGAAGACAGAAAUGUUCGGCGAGUCUUCUACCCACAAGCUGGGUGUCGUGCAGCUCCUCACAGCCGGUGCUAUUGCCGGUAUGCCUGCUGCCUACCUCACAACGCCUUGCGAUGUCAUCAAGACCCGUCUGCAGGUCGAGGCCCGUAAAGGAGAGGUCAAGUACACAGGCCUGCGCCACUGUGCCACUUCCAUCCUCAAGGACGAGGGAUUCAAGGCUUUCUUCAAGGGUGGUCCUGCCCGUAUUCUCCGAUCCUCCCCGCAAUUCGGUUUCACCCUGGCGGCCUAUGAGGUUCUGCAGAAGAUGCUUCCCAUGCCUGGAACCCAACCCGAACCUUCUCCCUCUGGACAGGUAGAGCCCGGUCUCGGGAUGCAAGGUGCUAAGGCUCCUCUCCCAUAUCUGAGAUCAAGAAACGCCCUGAAGCUCAUCCUUGAUCUGGAUGAGAACAUUGGUCGCGUUCAGAUCCCCAAGGCCGAAAACUGGCCCAAGUUCCUCCAGAGCAACAAGCAAUGA